AUGGCUGCAGAGAUGCAGGCCGCCGCUGACCGCCGCCGCCUGGUCCCCACCAUCUUGUUUCCAUCGUCUUGGCGAGACUUCGGCCUGCUGGAGGAUGUGAGGAGGAUGAAAACAAGGCCAGAUGGUUUUUGAUUGAUUUAGUCUGAGUCAGAGAGGAAACACUGACUUCCACUUCUGCCUUUGUUUUUUCUCACACUGACUGACUCCCAGCCAAACGCCGCCACGAGCGGAGCGUCUGAAGGCCGGUUUCUGAGACCUGAACAGGAGGGACUCUGCUGACUCAGAACCUCAGGACCUUCAGCUCCAUCCUGGAGGUCCAAAGGUGGAGAAGCUUCACUUUCCAGACUCCCCUCCAGCUCUGAACUCGUUUGUUUUCUUCAUACCUUUAAAUCUUUGGCCGACGAAGACCAACGCUCUGAAAUGACCUCAACGUGUUCCAGCGUGAGAAAGAGGCUGACAAACGUUCAAACCGAGCCAACGAAGAAAUCACAUUAACGACCAAGUCCAAAACAAACACGGCUCAUUACAGGGACCGGCGCCGAGAGCAGCAGCUGGGCGCCACCUUCGCCUCAGAGUCACGACCCGCCCUGUUUUUGUCACACCUCGACCGGGCCGGCGUGGGACCAAAGAGUCCGACUGGUCCGGGUCUUUGA